GUACACAGCUCGUGAACCCACCUCUACACAAAAUUGGUGAGCAAAAUAUAAUGAACUGACUAAGGACAUGAAGGGAAUAACUCAUAAUGUCUAAACCCUCGCUUUAUAAGUGCAGCUGGUGCGGCAAACCCUAGCUCUCUACCAUUUGACAGGCAGGGGAAGAGCGACUAUCGCCAUUUUCAGAGCGAGAGAAGAGAAUGGUGUCGGGAUCGGGGAUUUGUGCGCGGCAGGUGGUUGUGGAUGCACGCCAUCACAUGCUGGGGCGGCUGUCGUCGAUCGUGGCGAAGGAGCUGCUCAAUGGCCAGAAGGUGGUGGUCGUGCGGUGCGAGGAGAUCUGUCUCUCCGGUGGCCUUGUCCGUCAGAAGAUGAAGUAUCUCCGCUUCCUUCGCAAACGCAUGAACACCAAACCCUCUCAUGGUCCCAUCCACUUCCGUGCUCCGGCCAAGAUCCUUUGGCGCACCAUCCGCGGGAUGAUUCCACAUAAGACGAAGCGUGGAGCUGCAGCGUUGGAGAGGUUGAAGGCGUACGAAGGGGUUCCUCCGCCUUACGAUAAGAAGAAGAGGAUGGUCAUUCCUGAUGCUCUCAAGGUUUUGAGGCUUCAAGCUGGGCACAAGUACUGCUUGUUGGGACAGCUUUCAAAGGAGGUUGGAUGGAACCAUUACGACACUAUCAGGGAACUGGAGGAGUCGAGAAAGGAGAGGGCCCAGGUGGCAUAUCAGAGGAAGAAGCAGCUCACCAAACUCAGGGUGAAGGCGGAGAAAGCAGCGGAGGAGAAGCUCGGAUCCCAGUUGGAUAUCUUGGCUCCUGUGAAAUACUGAAGUUUUUUACAGUCAAAUUGGUUUUUUUUUGUUAACCCAGUUUUCUCUUCAGUCUCCGGGCUUGUGCAAUUUAGAGAACUAAAAUUUUGAUAAAUUGAGUGGUCAUUUUGUUUUUUCCCCCUUUAUUUAAAAUGUAGCAAUGAUUCUUCUAUAAAUUAGACCUUGUGUUGGCUAAA